UGGCUCACUCGCGCAAAUUCCUACCUUGGUUGCUCCUACUUGCGCUGCAGAGGCACCAGCAACAUGGAAAAUGCCACUUCGCUCGCGGCCAAGCUGGGAGACAUGAAACACAUCAGAAAGGGCCUCGAGCUGGCGAAGGUCGCCCAGCAGUACGCCCAGCAACAAGGCGUCCCUCUCCCGAGUCUAUCCGGCAAAGAGCAGACGAUGGACGACACAAUGCCCGGAGCUUUCGGCAGGACGCAAAGCCGCGGAGGCUUGGACGGCUUGCUGGAGCGCGCGUCUUCCAUGCUAAGCGGCGGGAACGGCGGCGGCAGCGACGGCUUUGGCAACCAGGGCGGCUUCGGCAACCAGGGCGGCUUCGGCAACCAGGGCGGCUUCGGCCAAGCGGCGGCGGCGGCUGCGACGGCGGCAGGUUUCGGCGGGAUGUCGCACCUCGCCGGCAGGAGGGGCUCGGACCAGCAGCAGCAGCAGCAGCAGCAGCAGAACCGGUUCGGCCGAAGCAACUCUUUCGCCGGGACUUCGACCAACAGCUUCGCGCAGCAGCCGGAGUUCCAGCAGCAGCAAGGCAGGUUUCCAGGGCAGCAGCAGCAAGGGUUUGGCGCGCCAGGGACGCCAAUGGACUUCGGGCCGAGCCCCGGCGGUUUCGGAACGCCCGGAACGUUCGGACCGCCGACUCCGCUAGGAACUCCCGGCUUCAACGGCCAGCAGUACCCCCCGCCUUACGGCGUCAUGGACCCGCCGCAGUUCGGCUUCAGUGGCGCCAUGACGACCCAGGGGCAGCAGGGCUUCGGAGGGCAAGCCUACGGGAGCGGGCAGCAGGCGUGGGCCCAACAGCCACAGCAGCAAUUCAACAACAACGGAGGCUUCGCGAAUCAGAUGUCGACGCAGCAGUCCGGGUUCGGCUCCUCGGGGUUUGGGCAGACCGGGCAGCGGGGGGCCGGGGGAGGGGAAUACUGGAACUCGGCAGGGGUCCUGGCCGGGGCCGGCCUGGCGGGGGCCGGUCUGGGGGCCGGCCUCGCCUCGACCUACAACAGCGCGUUCGGGGGUGGGGGGGGGGGUAACUACGCGGGCAUCAGACAGGGCUACGGGAACCCCGGGGGCUCCUUCGGCGGGCCGGUGCUACCCCCGCUUCCCGGGAAGGGGAAGAAGAAGGGCGGCGGGGGCAAGAACAAGGGGGGGGGCGCCGUUACCGAGCAGCCGCCGCCGGCGCCCGCCCCGGUGGAGGGGUGGCUUGCCGUGCCGGCCGGGUACGAGCUUCCCGAGGGCAUCCCCAAGGGUUUGGAGAUUCUGGCGAUGGUGGACGGGUUGAUGGUGCACCAGGAGGUCGAAACGUUGGAGGCUAUCGCCAACGCAGUGGGGAUCGGAUACGAGGGCAACAACCAGUACAAGAUCAGCAAUCGGGCGGGAGUGCACGUGUACCAAGCGGUGGAGGACACGGGCUUCUGCUGGCGCUGCUGCUGCACGCAACUCCGGCCCGUACACAUGAAGGUGUACGACCAGACAGGGAGUCAGGUCCUGGCCUUCCAGCGACACUUCCGGCUCUUCCCGUGCGCCUGGUGCGAACCGUGCCGCGAAAACGUUACGGUAUUCCACGGGCCCAAGGAGGACGGGAAGGUUAUCGGGAGGGUCACGCAGUCGUGCUGCGGCGGCUGCUGCACGCCCAAGCUCAACAUCCUCAGCCGGAAGGGGGACCGGGAGUUGGUAGUCAAGGGGCCGUGCAUCAUCGGGGACUGCUGUGGGGUGCGGUUCGAUGUGCUCACGGACAGCAAGAAAAGGGUAGGGGAGGUGAAGAAGUUGGCUCCGAGCAGCCUGGCCGACAUCGCGAAGGAAAUCGCCACGGACGCCGACAAGUUCACCAUCAGCUUCCCACAAGAUCUCAAGGCAAGGACCGCACGUUUUUUUUGGGCGGUGGGAGGGUGGCGAAUGCUUACGUCCCAUGAGUUCUGGGAUGGUCUUGUUCGUUUCGUUGUCCCUGCCGACGUUAAAACCUCGCCUCUGUAG